AUGAGAGAGUACUCAAACGCACUUUCAUCUCACAGAAAAGCAUUAAAAAUUCGACAAAAAACUCUUCCUUCGAAUCAUCCUGAUUUUGCACAGUCAUACAACAACAUCGGUGGGGUGUAUCACCAAAUGGGAGAGUGCUCGAAGGCACUUUUAUAUUACGAAGAUGCUCUUGAAAUUUUGCAAAAGACACUUCCUUCAAAUCAUCCUGAUUUGGCUAAUUUAUACAACAACAUCGGUGGUGUACAUGAAAGCAUGGGAAAUCACUCGAAAGCACUUUCGUAUCACGAGAAAGCACUUGAAAUUCGACAAAAAACUCUUCCUUCAAAUCAUCCUGAUUUGGCUACUUCUUACAACAACAUCAGUAAUGUGUAUAGCUAUAUGGGCGAGUACUCAAAACCACUUAAAAUUCAAGAAAAAACUCUUCCUCCAAAUCAUCCCUCAUUGGCUACUUCUUACAAUAACAUCAAUUUGGUAGAUGACCACAUGAGUGAGUACUCAAAAGCGCUUUCAUUUUACGAGAAAGACCUUGAAAUUCAACAAAAAACUCUUCCUUCGAAUCAUCCCUCAUUGGCUACUUCAUACAACAACAUCGGUAGUGUGUAUGAGAGCAUGGGAGAGUACUCGAAAGCACUUUCAUUUUACGAAAAAGCAGUUGAAAUUGAACGAAAAACUCUUUCUUCAAAUCAUUCAGAUUUGGCUACUUCAUACAACAACAUCGGUUGGCUUUAUAGAUUUAUGAAAGACUAUUUGGAAGCACUUUCAUAUUAUGAACGCGCUCUGGACAUAUUAAAACGUAUAUUACCACCAACCCAUUCUAGUAUUGAAGAUGUGAAAAAGAGUGUUGAAGUUGUAAAAAGAAUUAUACAGAAUAAAUGA